AAGGCGCAUGCGCAUUAGUGGAACCAGCCUGAAAAAUUGUGUUGUUUUUAGCGCAAUCUGACCUAAGAAGAAGAAUUUAUUAUACUAUUGUUGUCAGAUUUUACUGCUGAUUUUAUAUAAGUUUUGAUCUUAAUUUUGACCAACCGUUUUGGAGAUUUCGGUCUUUCCCCAUUCAAGUAGAUUGAAGCUGUACUUUUAUUCCGCUUGUUUACAUAGAAAAUAACAGCCUGGGAGCGUUCCCAAGAUGGCCGCUGAGUGGGCUGACUCGCCUUGUAAGGGAUUUUGAUGUCAGUCUGAAACGCUGAAAAACAUUUAUUUGUUAGUAUCUAUUUCCCAACAGUAAUCAGAAUCGUUCAGUCACGUGAAGACUCAGACAGUUUUUCAAAACAUCAGCAGACUAUGCAUGAAAUCUAGAUUGUGUCAGUUUAGGUUUCAAGUAACACUGAAGCAGCUAGACUAUUUUUACUCCUACAGUGAGAAGUGAGAGGAAGAACAGUGAUGAUUGACAGAUAAUUGGGCGGAGUCAGUCAGCCACAUGUGGAGAGAUGAGGGGCUGACGCAUCGGCAACGAGGAUCAUCCCGGGCUGAAACUGCAGCUCAGUCUUCUAAAGUGAGCAGAGAGAUCACUGCUGGCAUACAUUUGGGGCCUUAGGACCAGGGUGAAACCUUUGACCAGGCCUCCCAGCUCAUUCAGUAUAAAUAGUGUACAGUUUGUAAGGUUCACUACAUCAGUGACAUAUGCAUCUACUUCUAUUACAAGAACAAUAGGGGUUGGUAUACUAAAUACAAUAUUAGGGUAUUUUUGCCACUGUGAAUUAUAAUGGUCAAUCAAAAGUUAUGAUGUUCCUUCAAGACACAUACACAAUCAUAUAGUCACGCAUAUAUUGAGAGAUGCUGCAGCUGUGCACAGUUACUGACUGUCUGCUAAUCAGUAAUGCACAGUCAGCCUGUAAUGAUGCUGUAAUCCAGAAGGAGGCGGUCACUCUCUGUAUCAAUGUGUCCAAGCAGCAACCCUUUCCAUCUAUGCAGGUCAGCACUUUGCGUGUGCCUGUCUAUGAUGAUCCUAAUGAAGACCUGUACAAAUAUUUUGACCGCUGUGCUGAUGCCGUAGCAAGUGAGACAGAGUGGGGAGGCCGCACAGUUGUGUACUGCAAGAAUGGACACAGUCGCUCAGCUACAGUCUGUGUGGCCUAUUUGAUGAAACAGCAGGGUCUCUCCCUAGCAGAUGCCUUCCAGGUAGUUAAAACUGCCCGGUCAGUAGUGGAACCUAAUCCAGGAUUUUGGACUCAACUGCAGAGAUACGAACAGAAGCUGAAGAUCAGCAGGGAGGAGACUUAUAUUGCUUCAGAAGAUACAGAUUUAACCACUGGAGACAUUUAUGCUGCCUUUAUUUGCUUUUUGGAGCUUCAAAGUUCUGGCCGACAUUCACUUGCAUUGUAUGGACCUACAGAGAUGAAAUAUUCUUCUAAAAAUCUUCUUUUAGAUGGAAUAAGGGUGAGUAAAUGAUGAGAGAAUUUAAAUGUUUUGGCUGAACCAUUCCUUUAAGACAAAUCCCUUGUAUGUGUGGUGGGCGUUCUGGCACACUAUGGCUGCCGUUGCAUCAUCCAGGUGGAUGCUGCACACUGGUGGUGGUACAGGAGAUUACCCCUAUACUAUGUAAAGCGCUUUAAGUGCCUAGAAAAGCGCUAUAUAAAUGUAAGGAAUUAUUAUUAUUGUACUCUGCGUAUUCGCUUAUUGCCUGUGCAUUAUGCUUCUGCCUUGACGACAUUGUUUUAUUGACAAUUUUACUAAUUUUAAAGAUAUGCUUUGAUUUGGCUGAUAAUUGAUUUGAUCAUGCUAGGCUAAGCAGAAUGGAGUACAUUUCAUAGUAAAUAUUAAAUUAAGAAGUAAUAUACUGUAAUCAGUGUAGUCAUCACCACUCUACUGUAAAUGGUCAGAUUACAGAUUUAUGUUUUAAGGAAGUGAUUUCAGUCUACUAAAGCAGGACCAUUGUUUAUUGCCAGUAGGCUGUUAGUAAGACAAUAGACUCUGAGGUUUUAAUGUUAAACUGAAAACCACAUUGUUUAAUUUUUUAGAAGCAGUCCUGUUAACAAACCUUUCCAAAUAGUUGUAUAUUUUCUAUAAUUUUCUGUGCUUUUCAGACCAACAGUCAGAAAAAAAAGCUGUUCUUCCUUGCAUCAGAGAGAUGUGACUUUAAAAGUGCAUAGAGGACAAUUUUUAUUCCCCCUCCAGAUAUGUCAUGUUUUGUUUUGUAUAUGAAAUAUUUUAGUGUCAGUCAGUAAUUGUCUGUCCUCCUCAGGAAUGUCCCCAGCUGCACUGAUAGGCACAUUGUUCUGCGACUUCACUUUUUCCUGUAUUUUGCUGUAGUCAGGUAAAAAGCUAAAUAUAAUAACUACUCAAAAGCCAUGCUCUAAAGUUCUUCCAUAUAACUCAUCUCAUUUGCCUUGGUUGAAUAUUGUACACUCUUACACUCUGUGUUUGCUGGUUUAAGUUAAUUUACAGUAGCUGCACUCAAGCUGGUGUUCAGCUGGUUUAUCUGGUUGGCCAGUUUGUCCCCCAGCUCUGUCUUACUCUUUUGUGUGACCCAAUAAAGGAAUUGCAUAAUAAAAACAUUAUUAGUGUAGCUGGACACAAAUGCUGUAACGUAAAUGAUCAUUUGCAACUGUGUUGAUAAUUUUCAGCCUAAUUAAAAGAUAUAAUGUGCAA